GAGAAACAGACGCGUGGAAUCCCUCUCGUCUAUUACCACCUGCAAGCUACCUGACUAGGUUCUAGGUAUUUGUAUCAUGUUUCAGUUCAUCAUAAACCCAAGGUGAGAAGAGUGGAAUAUAACUCGACUUGAGGUAGUGACUGGCCUCUUUUUCCUUCCAGAUUGGACUGUCCACGAGACUGUGUGUCACAGCUCACAGAUCAGGAGUUGACAUUGACAGUCACUCAUUAAUCCCAUCGGCUCAGUUUGAUAAGUGGUCUUGGUGUCUUGAGGAAUUGUGGUGGCCGUGACAGACAGCCCUAAAGAACAGCGGUCGCUUGGUAUCAUUCAGUCCUUGUUAGACAAGUGAAUCAGCAUCCCAGGUGGGUCAAAAUCCGAGACGAGAUUCAGGCGAAGGUGCAACGUGAAAAGGACGAGGACGUGGAUCUGUCGGAGUUGACGCACCACAUACACAUCUCCCACUGCCACCUGACACGAAAGCCUUGGAGGGCAAAGCCAACGGGGAAAUCAUCUUUCAAACUGACUCGGUGACGAAAGUCGAAGGCGAAGUCGGAGAGACAGGCGUACAUCAACCGAGACACAAGAAGCCAGUCCACUCUACUACCGAGUCAACCAACCACCAACCAGCCAGCAUCGGACAGAUAGCUACGCCUGCAUACCUUCUAAACAAGUGACACGAUCAGUGGUCAUCCGGCUACCUUCAUUCAUCUAUCUCUCAAUCAUGGACUACGAAUUCCCCAAACCACCCCGCUCCCUCGCUGGCAAAGUAGCCAUCGUGACCGGCGCCGGCGCAGCAGGCGACGGAAUCGGCAACGGACGCGCGACUGCGAUUUUGCUCGCCGAAGACGGGUGUUUUGUUGCGUGUGUGGACCGCGACAUCAGAUUAGCGCAACGAACGGUUGAAAUGAUUGAACUUGAAGCUGAAGCCAGAACCAGAACUAGACCCGAGGCCUUGGCCGAGGGUGAACCCAACAACAACAACAGCGACAACAAACCUCUCUGUCCCGCCAUCGCCAUCGCAGGCGACGUCAGCAUCGAAUCCAGCUGCAAAUCCAUCAUCGACACAACCCUCGCACACUUCGGCCGUCUCGACAUCCUAAUCAACUGCGUCGGCGUCGGCGGCGCCCCCGGCACCGCCGUCGACGUAGACAUGGCAGCAUGGGCAUCAUCAAUGCAGAUAAACGUCGCGAGCAUGGUCAUGAUGUCCAAAUAUGCCAUACCGGCAAUUUUGCAAUCCAACCCAGCUGACAGUGUCGGACCCACCUGGAUGUACCGCGGCAGUAUUGUCAAUAUGGGUUCUGUGGCGGGACUGAAAGGUGGUACGCCGCAUUUGUUGUAUCCGACUGCCAAGGGCGCGAUUGUCAAUAUGACGAGGGCGAUGGCGGCGCAUCAUGCUGGCGAUGGGAUUAGGGUUAAUUGUGUUUGUCCGGGGAUGGUGUAUACGCCUAUGAUGUAUGCUGCUGGAGGGGGAAUGUCCGAAGAAGCAAGACAAGCGAGGAAAAAUCGCAGUUUACUCAAAACCGAAGGGAAUGGGUGGGAUGUCGGCUGUGUUAUUCGGUUUCUGGCGGGUCCACAGGCACGAUGGUUGACGGGGGUCGUUUUGCCGGUUGAUGCGGGUGUUACGGCUGCUGUGGGGACGGAUAUUCCAAAGUCGGCGAGUGUUAAUGCUUGACUUGACGAGGGAAUGCAUGCGGGAAGGGGGAAAUGGUGGUGCGGUUGACGUAGGGGUGAUGUUGAAAAUGAAGCUGCAGUGGCAUGGCUGCGUAAGACAAGGCUACAUGUAAGUCACAGGGGCUUUCCAGACCGCUGUCGUAGGGCUGCAAGAUUCUAGUACUUGGUGUAGAUUGGGGCCACAAGGCUGUCAAUUCUGACCAGCAGACACCACCCCUUACUCGUCGGGCUUCCCAAAUCCAAGGGGCAUCCGUGACAUGAGCAAUAAGGACACAAAAGUUGAUCAACCACAAAGACUCUCAUGAUUGUAUAUCAUAUCUCUAUUAGACAGGACCAUUCUGUCAAGAUCAAUCCACAAUCAGCGCCGGGGCCAUGCUAUGCUUCAAAACCAAAAUAGAGCAAAGUGGUAGGACAAACCAUCC